AUGACCCUCUCGCUGGUCCAAUGCGGCGGCUCCGCCGGCACAGCAGUGCACCGCUGCUGCUACUCAAACGGGCAAGAGCUGAAGCCGGACGACAAGAGUCUCGUUGUGAAGAACGACUCGAUGUCGUGGUGUCAGCCCUCCGUGGCGUGGCUGAGCACGUAUCCCGGCCGAUCAUUUGAGGACGUGUGGGCGGACUGUUACAAGGAUCAGUACGCCUACAUCCAGAAGAAUGGAGCGAGGAAGAGGGACGGAGAAGCCCAGCCUGGCACGACAGACGGGCAGCUUCCGCCCAAUGGGAGCUACUACUGUGUUGCCAUGUGGGAGCAGAUCCGGGCUGAUGCUCCCAGGAGGGCAAGCUGGCCGGGGUUCCUUGCUUUGGUGGGCGUGACGGCGGUAGCGGUGUUGGCCUGUGUCUAG